AAUGAUUAUUUAAACAACUCGCAGUUUGUUGCUGUGGCUUUAUAAAUCACCGUGAAAUAGUGGAAUCCCAUUUGUACCGUUAUGUUGAUGUUAAGUUAUCGAUGAUGAUAGGAUGAUUCAAUGCGCCGUCGCACAUUAUAGAAACAUUACCACUUCAAGAUUAGAACAUUAAGAAACUAUUAAACAUCGAGCAAAAUGUUCAAUAGCAAAAGGACAGUAAGGCGCUUAGGGCUUCUAGUGAUUUCGAUAAUUGGAGUUAUAAUGGUACUGGACUUCAUUUUACAGAAAAAAGAAUUGAGACACGUUGCAAGAUCUGACCAAGCAUUGAGUUCUCGUUCCCUUGAAGACCAGGAAAGAAACCAUACAAAGGAACCUGCGUUGAUGAUCAAUGAAAUGAAAAAAAUCGUAUCAGAAACAGAGGAUAACGAUACAAGCGGGCGUAUCAAUGAACAACUGAUGCAUGAAAGGACAGAACACGUGAGAAAUAAAUGUAAAUAUCUUGGAUUAGGCAAUGCUAAUGCUUUACCACCGAUGUCCGAUUAUAUAGUGGUAGAUGAGAAGUUCAAGGUCGUUUACUGCAUGGUACCAAAAAUAGCUUCGACAAGUUGGACCAAACUUUUCCUUUCUCAGCACUUAACAACACCAUACCAGAACAUAACAUGGCAAACCUGGCACAAGACUUGGAGGAAAUACAUGAAAGAACUUCACAGAUACCCGAUGAAUGAAAGAAUAAAGAUAUUACAGAGCUAUACAAAGUUUAUGUUUGUGAGAGAUCCACUUGAUCGGAUAGUUUCAGCGUUCAAAAAUAAAUUCACAUUUAAAGGCAAAAGCAACCAAAAAGAAUAUGAAUGGUAUGGUAAAGCAUAUGGGAAAGCGAUAGUAAAGAAAUACCGGAAAAAUCCAACGUUACGUUCUUUACAAGAUGGAUUAGGGAUUACAUUUGAAGAGUUUAUUCAAUACAUAACAAAUGAUGCACCACAUAAGGAUGAACACUGGAAAUCAGUAUACUUACUUUGUCAUCCGUGUGAUAUCAACUAUGACUACAUCGGAAAUUUUUAUGACGCAACCAAUGAAAGUAAUUUUAUUCUCAAUAGAAUCCACUUAGAAACAAUAAAAUUCCCCAGCGAAAAUGUUUUAACUAAAAAUGGAGGAUUCGGAGUCAAUGGCACUAAGCUAAAAUAUGCAUAUCAGAAAAUACCUAAAUCGACUUUAUCAAAAUUGGAAUAUCUUUAUGAAAAAGACUAUGCAUUAUUUAGUGAGGACUUUCAUUUUAAAAAAGUUACUGGUUUAUUGUAGUAGCCAUCUUAAAAUAUUUCAUUAAGAAAGCAUCAAAGACAAAAAUCAAUUCUCCAAGAGAUCGAAUCAUUCCGUAUUGGCCACCUUUGUUCAAGCAUCGUCAUACCUUUCAGUUUAAUGUUGAAAAAAUAUAUUGUAACACUGCUGAUAUAACACUGACUUUCAAGUGGAAAUAUUGGUUUACAAAUUGUAAAUGAUGCUUGCAUUUUUGUCACCCUACAACUCGAAUUCUAAUUGUAUCUUUGUAGUAAACAUAAUUAUGUUUUAAGAAUUCAAGUCCAGGGCUCAAUGAAUUGUAGGAUUAUUCAAAUACAAAUGUCUUGUUUCCAGACUUUGAAUGAGU